AUGAGUGCUAAAAUUUAUUUCGAAAACCAGAUAAUUACACCUCUAACACCUUGUAAUAAUAUUCAUGAUCUAAAACAAACAGUUUUUAAACUAUAUGGAAUUCCUUAUAACGAUGUAUACAUAACGAUAAAUGGAAAGUUAGCUGAUCCUGGUGUGGUUCUCUACGAAUCAAACAUUGUUAGAAUAUGUACACGAUUAAUCGGAGGAAAAGGCGGAUUUGGUUCUAUGUUGAGGGCGAUUGGCGCUCAAAUCGAAAAAACAACAAAUCGUGAAGCUUGCCGUGAUCUUUCCGGUCGCCGAUUACGUGAUAUCAACGAAGAAAAGCGUCUAAGAAAGUGGCUAGAAGGUCAAGACGAAAGAGAACGAGAGGCUAUUGAAAGAAAACAGAAAAAGCUUGAGAAACUUCUUGCUGAGCCUAAGAUUGAGGUUAGUUUGAAUCCCAGUUAUGAGAAAGAGCGUCAAGAGUUACCUGAACGUGUGAGUUCAGCUGUUGAUGCAGGGUGGCAGGCAGCAGGAACCUCAGGUGAAAGAAAACGUAAAUCCGAGGAAGUACUCCAGAAGAAGAAGAAAGCUAAGUUGUGGAUUGAUGCAGAGUUAUCAGAUUGCUCAUCAUCAAGUGAAAGUGAAAGUGAAAAAGAGUCAACCAAUGAUAAAAUUGAAGCUGUGUCCAUAGACACUAGUAAUAAAUCUGUCUUAAAAACAUAA